UGUCAGUCUAUUUAAAUUGACAGCUAAUGUUAUUGACGUUCUGAGGGGUAGGCUUCUUAGUGUUCUGGAAAAUUACAAUUUGUUUGUAAAAUAAUUGAAACAGAGAGUAAAGGUCAAUCACAGUUCGAGCUAAAUCCGGCCAGGUAUGUUACUUGGAUCACAUAAGCAAAGUAUACAGAAACUAGUUGAAAAUGAUCAGACGAGACAAUCAUCCAUGCAGACAAGGCGCCAAGUUGUAUAUUGUACUCUAUUAACUUUCUUAGUAGUAUCAUAUAGUGUUGAAUGGCAAGUUAUUAUAUCUUUCGUUGUAAAAAGUGGGCAAUCUAACUGUUGAUAGUUCUUACUCUCCUCUGUAUCAUCUUAGUUAAUUAAAGGUGAAAUGGCAUCGGUCCAGAGCUCUAAGGCUGGCAAGUAUGCUCGACGAGGCAUGCCUGAAGAUGAGGCACCUGAGCAUGUGGAAUCUACGGGAGAACUCCUCAUCAAACAGCUUGUGCAGAAACAAACCAACACUAAUGUUACCUUACGGCAACAAUUACAACAGAAAAAGGAGUUUGAGCGAGGUGUUGGAUUUGUGACAUUGGAUGAAAUGGGUCUGGGUACGAGCAGUUUGCAAGAGUUUGAAGAGAAGCAGCGGAAGAUCGAGAAGAUGUUGGAGAUGGAGAGGAGGGGGCAGGCGAGGGAAAAGAUGCGAUCCUCACAGAUUGAAGAACAACUGAUUAAGGCAUCUGGUGACUCACAAUUUUCUCUUCAAGGUCGUGCAGUGAGGAGGCAGGAGUUGGAGCUGGCUCUGAGUGUGAAGCCUGACUCCUUAGAGACUCGGCUGUACCAGUUUGCGUUGAGAGGAGAGAGAGUGUGUGAGACAGAGACUAUAACGAGACUGCCAGGUCACCCCAUACAUCAGUUGGCGGCCAUGGAGAAGAAUCUGGUUGAAAGUGCCGAUCCUCAAGCUCUUGCCAGGACCUACCGCAGGAAACGCCGCCAACUAGUGACAUCUCAGGCCCAGCCUCAGGGGGCUCACAACAAGGCUCCAGACAGGCAACAGUCCCUGUGGGAUGCCACGGAGAGCCCAGUUGUUGUGGAGAAGAGACCCCGCCUGCCACAGAAGGUUGUCUCUUGUAAGAAACAAGCCAUGUAUACAGUCAGAGAUGGUAAAAUCGUGCAGCUCAGUGCGGAACAUGGGAGUGGUGUUGACAAGCCUGCGAGCACAGCAGCCGAGGACAGCUUCAGUGGUCAAGUUUUUGUGGCACUGCAGCCUUCAGUAGAGAAGCCACAAGUCUGUGAUAGACUUACAGAAGAGGAAAUACGUAAAUUGCCGAGAUUUCACAACUACAAACAAGGGGAAGUCUCUAAGACACUCUAUGUCAAAAAUUUAUCUUAUAAUGUGACAGAAGCAGACUUAGCAGCUGUUUUUGGUCACUUUCAAGAACAAAAUGAAUGCAUGAUCACUUUUCGGUUAAUGACUGGAAAAAUGAGGGGACAAGCUUUUGUAACAUUUUCCAGCUGUGAGACUGCGACAGAUGCGUUGCAGACGAUAAAUGGUACCAUAUUGAAAGGUAAACCUAUGGUCAUCCAGUACGGUAGACAGCAAGAUUAGCUCUUAUUGGAAAUACCUCUCCCGGUCACAAGCCAUUAAUCGCCACACACUGUUCCGAGCCACUGCAGGUCAAACGCCACGAUCUACAUUACCAACUGUAUCCGUCUGGUGCUGCCUCCCAUCGGCAUUAAUUUUAAUUAUUACAGUUUCUAGCCUUUUUGGAGUCCUACUUCUUACUUUUGAAACCAUUACAACAAAUUAUUAUCUGUUAUUUUGGCAGUAAUUGAGUGGUAAAUAUGGCUGAUUUUAGGUGUUCGCUUUGCAACAGCAAGAUUGAUCGGGAGGUGUGUAGUAAUAGUGAUGCUAGUGAUGCAUCAAGUGUUGGUGAUUUAAAUGAUGUUGACGAUAAUAUAAUACUGACUGAACAAAGUGAUUCGGAGAGUGCUGGUGAGUCAAAUGAUGUUGCUGACCUUGAGCCUGGCGAGCCGACAACUAGUUGUCGCCAACAAACAUGCGGCCGUGUGCCCCCUCCCUGGUCUCGCACAAUAACUUACACAGAACCAAAUUUAUUUUACAGUGAUUUUGGGCCAUCUCACACUUUGCCUGUUGGUUCUGAUGUCGUAGAAUAUUUUUAUUUAUUGUUGGGAGGUGAUGCAUUUUUUGACAACAUAGUCGAGUGUACGAAUGCGUAUGCUGCUAAAAAACAAGAUGCUGUAAACAAACUUGACCCACAUUGGGCCCCGGUUUCUAGAGAUGAAAUCAAAGCUUUUGUAGGAAUAGAAUUUUUAUGGGCUUAUAUGAUCUACCAAACGUUGAUGAAUAUUUAUAGUUCAAUAGUUCAGCAAUGUAUGAACUCUUAUAUGGAAAUACCACUGUGCUAAGUAGCUAAGACAUUGUCUGUCGGGAUGGAAUUCAUCAACUAAAAAGCAACCUCUGGUAUUGUGCUCUAGCAAAGCUGGAGGCUAAUAACUCUCUUGCCAGCACACAAAUUGGCAUUUUUGCACUGUAUUCUUUGAAUAUUAUAAUUUGAGGUGCAGUUUACAAGUACAACUUAGCAUAAGAAUGACUGUGAUAAAUUUCGUUAGUUAAGUAUCUCUAAGGAGAUUAAUUGUGAUUGUUCUAAGAGACUGAAAUAAUUGUUAAAGUAAAUUCUUAUUUGGAAAAUAAAAAAUAUUUUAAGACGUG